AAAGAAAAUGCUUUCUUCUUGACUUGGUGGAGACUACCUGAACACUAGACGACCUCUGCCCUCUUUUUCCGCCUAAAAGUUCUUCUCGUCAGGCGAAGUAGUGGAGCAACUCUACCUCUAGACUUUGUGCCAGCCCAGUUGGAUUUUACCUGUCAUUUUACUUCAAUCAUUUGUUUGGAACUGUGACAUAAUUUCUCUCGCGCGUUAAAUAAUAUUUUUAAAUUUAUUAACCGAAAUUAAAAAAAAAGCGAAUACUUAUUUAUACGCAGGAAAAAAAAAAGAUUUUAAAUAACACAAAACAGUUUCUGAAUUUAGACUAUAGUCUUUGACUAGUUUGACAUUUAUGAUUCAAUCUAGAUUUAGAUCUAGAUUUUCUAGAUAUAGUCUCCUAGACGUGCAGUCUGGAUUAGAUAUUUCAUUGUAGAAUAAAAUUGUUUUUCUUUCAUCCAAAGAAUGUGUAAAUAUCAAGAUUUGAUUCCAAGAUAGCUUUAUGUAAGCCAUGUUCAAUGUUGUUAAGUUUAAAUUAUAUCUAGACUAGAUCUAGAUCUAGCUCUAGUCUAGAUCUUAAUCAAGAUCUUAAGUCUUAAGGUCUAGUAGAUUAGUUUCUGGAUUUAAAGUUAGUCUAGAUUCUCUAGACUAACAAGACCAUCUAGAUUUUAGAUCAGCUCUAGAUUCUAGAUCAAGAUCUAGAAUACUGCUAUCUAGAUAAAAAAUCUAGAUCUACUUUGUCAUGGCGUCUGCCAAAGUUUCAAGAACAAGGGCCAUAAAAAAAGAUGUUUCAUCAUCGACUGUCAUACUGGGAAACUCAUUGCGGUCAUCGCCUGAAAGUGACGAAUCGGAUGUGGCCAACGUCAGUUCGGACGACAACGGCAACACGGCGGAGGGGGUCGGCGACAGGGGAGCCAGGAGUAGAUCAAACGACAACAAGAAGGCUAGCACAUACCGUUUCGAGGAGUUGGAUAUAUUAAAAACUAUUGGUACUGGCACAUUUGGACGCGUGGUGCUGACCAGGCACAAAGACACGCGGGAGUACAGCGCACUCAAGGUCAUGGCUAUUACCCAGGUCAUCAAGCUCAAGCAGGAGGCUCACAUCAAGUCAGAGAAAACCAUCUUGUCCACUAUAUCACAUCCUUUCAUAGUCAAUUUAUUGUGGUAUCACAAAGACGAGACGUUCUUGUACAUGCUCCUAGAGUACGUGCCCGGGGGAGAGCUAUUCUCUUAUCUUCGCAGCAUGGGCAAGUUUACCUCUUCGGCGGGCAACUUCUACGCCAGCGAGAUUGUGGUCGCCCUGGAGUAUUUACAUUCGAAGAACAUCGUUUAUCGCGAUCUGAAGCCAGAGAACCUGCUGCUGGAUAGAGGUGGCCACCUCAAGAUUACAGACUUUGGAUUCGCUAAAGUUGUCGAAGACAGGACCUGGACACUUUGUGGUACACCUGAAUAUCUGGCUCCAGAAAUCAUUUUAAGUAAAGGUCACAAUAAGGCUGUGGACUGGUGGUCACUUGGGAUUUUAAUCUAUGAAAUGUUGGUUGGUUAUCCACCAUUCUAUGCUGAGAAUCCAUUUGGGAUUUAUGAAAAAAUUGUUGCAGGGAAACUAGAGUGGCCAAAAACUGUAGACCUGGUGGCAAAAGAUCUUAUCAAAAAGUUACUAAUUCCAGACAGAACUAGGAGACUUGGUAAUAUGAAGAAUGGUGCCGAGGACAUCAAAAAGCACAAAUGGUUCAGAGGUCAGAACUGGACAGACGUCUUAGCCAGAAAGUUAAAGCCUCCAAUAAUUCCAGAAAUAUCUCAUGACGGAGACACAACAAACUUUGAAAACUAUGAGGAGGAUAACUGGAGGAAAACAUCUCCGGCUUCCCCUGAACAGAUCAAACUAUUUGAGGAGUUUUAGAGAACUUUCAUCACCUGUGCUUCUUCUCAUUUAUAGGUCUGUUAGUGUCAGUAUGCACGCCUUGUUUUGGAUACUGUCGAUAUGGACACACCAUUAGUGACACUGUCAAUAUUGACAUACUGUUUGUGUCACUAUAAGAAAUGGACAUUUAAUGGGACACAGUCAGUAUGGGCCUACUGUGAUACAUGCUUUGAGAUGAACACUAAAGAUACUAUUUUUAUUAGUGCCAAAAACAUUGUAAAAUGUUCUUAAGAGAAAACAAAAAAACACACCCAUCCUGAUUAUUUGUGUAUAUAUUUCUUGCUUCUAGAGAAAUCAGAUAUGAAAUAGGAUGUAGGACCUAAUAAUCUUUUUUUAAUUAAGGAAUGUCUACUAUUUAUACGAUACAGUACAACAAUACAAUAGAACAAGACUAAUACAGAGAUGAUAAGUAGAGUCUUACCAUAGUCUUGACUAGAUACUCUUGUUGGCUGUAAUUGUAAUUUGAUUCACUUUUUAGUGAAAAAACAUAUGGUGUCAGUCAACCGCUUAAAAAUUACAAUAGCAUUAAUUAUUAAAAAUAAAAAUCUACAACUCAAUUUGAGUUACGCAGGUGAUUCUUUCAAAAAUGAUUUUCCCAGCUCUUCCCAGCUGGUGCCCACAGGAUUUAGGUCCUCUAAAAAGUGAUAACGCCAUGUUGGACAUGGACAGCCUCGCUUUUCCUUUCCUAUUUUUGGUUUCCAUUUGAUAUCUGACUUUGGUAAACAUGUUUCUUCACUCCAUUUGAAGACAAAAAGCAAAAGUGGUUUAAUUAACAAAUUCUUAAAAGCUUAUUUCGAGAUAAUUAGCAAUGUCUUAGUGUUGCAAGGUUAAGAAGAUACAAUGUUGCUCAGUUAUAACAUUGUAACUGUGGUCUGUUUUAAAAAGCCACCUGUCUCCAUAAAGUUUAGUCAAUAAUAACAUAGAAUUAUAUUAAGAUACACUAAAAAUGUGUAAAUCAAGCUUCACAAUUAAAAACUUUGAUAUUCCUCUAAAAAUGUUAAAUAAAAUAUGAGUUUUAAAUAAAUAAAAAGAUUUGCUUCCCUUUGCUGGUCAAAGGGCACUAACUGGCAAAGAUAUUAUUUAAAUCUGCAUGGCAUGACCACAUGAAAAUAAACCUAUUUUAUGUCUUAUUUUUAAUUAAAAGAUUUAUUAGAUACUCAUUUUAUUUAUUUUUAAUUUUUAGUAAGCUAAAUUAUUUAACCCUAUAUCUUCAAUUGUUUAAGUUUUUUAAAAUAUUUUUUCUUGAUCAACUUCUAUGUUUUUUUUCCUUCUGUGUGGUUUACUUUCUGCUGUUAAUGAAGAACUUUGUAUUUUCACUUCCUGUCUCCUUGAAUCAAUGGACUUUUCUAGCUGCCUGAAAUCAGGAGUACAUAAUUUGAACUAUAUGGUUGAUUCCAACUAAAAAUGCCCACAAUAUCAGCAUAUACAGCCAUUCCUUCUUCAAAACUCACCCGUUCAUCUUGCUGAUAUGCUUUGCACAAAUUUUCACUGAAUUAGUUCCUUGUAUUUCAUGUGAAUAUAUUCUGUGUGGUGUGUGUGUGUGUGAUCUUUGAAGUAUUUAUUUUAUAGAUAAGCAUUCUAUUUUUAUAUUUCAUUUGUAAAUAAACAAAAAUUGUUUAUUGUGAAAGUAUAUGCAAUUUUUUUUUCUUUCAUGGUUUAAAAUUUACAAAUUAUUUAAAUGUAAAUUUUAGUUUUUUAACAUAUAUAGAGAGUGUUCUUGAAAAAAAAAAGAAAAAAAAAAUUGCCUGUGUUUUAGUUCCCAUAAGUUUUAGAUUAAUUUUAUAUUUAGUUUAACAUUAACACAUAAUUGUUGGCUGAAAAACAAAGCUAGCAAUUUGUAAAUUUUUUAAAAGAAUUUUUUUGUUAAACCACAAAAUUGAAUGAAACUUGGCACACAAAAAACUUUAAUUGCUUUUUUUUUGGGCAUGUUUUGUCAAUGCCAUUUUGGUGAUGGACAUUUAGGCGCUAGAGAUUGGAAAUUUCAAAUUACAAAAAGAAAAAAAAAUGAAACUUUUUAUUUUACAAUGAGUAUAGGCCUAAAUAUUGUUAUAACUCUGCAAUGCGCACCGCCAUCUAGGCUAGUGCUAGAAGGUGCGCACUGUGAUAGACUAGACCUAAAAGGAUGUCAACAUUAGAGAAGAGAACGAUUUCCGCCCAAGUAGAGAGCCAAUAUGAAAAGACUGUGCCUAAGAUAGAUGUUAUUUUGUUUACCUGUGAUGUUGUGUAAAUUAACGUCUAUGUCUCGUUGAGUUGCCUCACUUAAGUUAUUACAAUAUUUAAAAGAACUUUCUCACCCCCUCCCCCCAUUCCCAAUAUAAAAACAUUUUUCCAUAAAAACAAUAUGAUGAACAGGAACAAUAUUACAACCCAUACAACAGUAUGGUAUGUUAAGUGAUCUAAUAAUACCAUAACAAACUUAAUUCCAAAAUGUAAUAGACAAAAAAAGUAUUGUUUGAAAAUAUGUUUGGACACAAACACACAUACCAAAAUUAGAUUCAUAACCUUUUUUUUUUAUAAGCAAACUAAAAUGAACAGUUCUAUUGUAUCUAAAACAUUUAGCGCCAAAAUGAUUCCAGUGCCAAAAUGGUGUCGCCAAAACAUCCUACUUUGAUGAAAGCAAUACUAAAGUUAUGUGACAUUCUAAAUUGAAGUUAGGAUACCACUGAGGGACUUGCUGGUCUUGAUAAAAGUAUUUCAGAAAUAUCAGGCAAUUCUUUUACUGAACUUAGGGUCUGUAUUGAUGAAUUUAUAAAGGGAGAUAAUGAAUAUAUUCAUCACAAAAUAAUAGAGACUUUAUUGAUGAUUAGAUAAAGGAUAAGAAGAAAAUAUUCGAAGGGAAACUAACACAUAUUUUUUUGAGAAAUUAUGCUGGAUUUUGACAAUUUUAAAGUUGCUAAGUUUUCAAGUUAAAAGUUAAGCGAUUUUUAAGUGAAGUUUGUUUUGAAACCUGACUUUUUAUUUCAAAUUACUGUUCUUUGUUUAUAAAGAAAUGAAAGAUUGUUCUCCACCAGAAUCUUACCUGUACCUAGAAAAUUCAUUUCAGUGGGUGAUAGACUUACUAUAUUCAGAUAACUCUCUACUUACUCGAUUAUGUUGCUAACUGUGACAUUUUGAUUGACUUCAGGGAGUUUGUAAAUACGAUGUGGGUAUAUAGCUGCUGAUAUUGUACAUUACAUGGCCAGAGUUGACAUUGUAAAGAAAGUGAUUUCUGGCUUAUUUUAAACUACACAUUUGUAUUUAUUUUUAUUGUGUUGUAUUUUAUACAUUUGUAGUUGACUUGAAGUGUUACAGAUCACAGAUUGUUUUUGUGUUUGAAGUAAAUUGAAGUAAAAAU